UCAAAACAAUAAAAGUUCAAAAAUGUAAGCCUGAUAAUGACAGUCAUAAUCGAUAUAUGAGAUCAUAGACUCAGCUGAUACAACUACUCAGCUUCGGCGAGGACAACAACAGCUGCCACAUCCUGGCCAUCGCCAUCGAGAAGAACGAAAGCGAGGCGGCAGUUCUGGUUCCCCAACAGAUUCAGACAUCAGUGAAGCCGACAUGGACACCGCGAGUACAUCAAAGUCUUCGAAGUCGUCGAAGGGGUUAAAGUCUUCGAAGUCUUCCUUAAAGCGCUCGUCGCUUUCUUGCAGUGACAACGACAGCAAAGCCAAAAAAUUUAUGAAAGGGGUUACCUGCUCGUCCAGUCCCAAGGAUGUCACCCGGAGCGGUCGUGUGGUACGAAGGCGCCUGGAAAAACAGUUUGACUACUUAUCCUCGCAGUCGGAGGACUCUUUGAGUUUAUCAUCGCUGGACAGUGACGAUGAGUUCCAGUUGAACUCCUGCAACAAGGAGCCGAAUUGGUCAAGUCGCAAGCGACGCCGCUCCACUCACAGAAGCAGCGGCAAGCUGAUCACUAAACUUAUCUACCUAGAUAUGGAGCCACCAUUGGCAACUAUUAUGCAUGAACCAUUCGCCGAUUUAGACCUGAACAAUGAUGCCGAUCUUAAGACCCGGAUUCACAAGUUCCUGGGCCUGAUACCACCUCGGCGCAAGUUGUACAAUCUUGAGGAUCAAGAUUACCUGGAGCCAGAUGGGCGCAAGGACAAGACGCAGGACGAUACGAUGACGCUCGUCAAUGCUUUUACAAUGGAGACCGACACACCAGACUACAUCAAGGCCCCGAUCGAUCUGACUCACCUGCCCAGCGAGAAGUGGCGGGCAAACAACUGUCGCCGGCACAAGGGCUGCCUCAGCUGCCUGGAGGAGCAUCCGCUCUCCUACAGCUUCCUAGAUUCGUUUAACCCCGCAUCUUCUAUCAAACUGUGCCAUCCUCAGGCGCUGGAAUAUCGCAAGAGCGACUUCAAGAGCUGCAAGCGGGAGCUGGCUAAGCUCCUGUUCAACGUUUUCAAUCAUGCCGUCUUCCACUGCGCCCUGCAGCCGGACAUAGUUUGGAAGCGCAGUUUGAAAAAGCCCUGUUCUUGCGAAAUGUCCAUUGAUUCGACCGGUCGGCGCUCGGCCCGCCUGCUUUUGUGGGAGAAUAUCAAGCAUCCGGGCAAUCUGAUCAAACCCCUUCUCCACGAAAUGUGCCAUGCCGCAGCCUUUGUCUUAAACCGUGAGACGGGUCAUGGCAAGGCUUGUCGCCAGUGGGCCUACAAGGCCUAUCAACAGCUGAUGGAGCUGCCGCUAAUAGAGGUUUGCAGUGCCCGGUUCAAGUACCUGUGCUCCAUGUGCGGUCGCAGGUCCUACGGCCUCAUGGACUUUGCUGGGGCCAAGGAGAUGCUGCGCUGUCACUACUGCCAGUUCGAGGUGGUAGUGGAGCCGUGGAGCGUACACGACGGCAUCCAUAAGGUCACGACAAUGACGGAGUUCAAGACUUUUGUUUUGGGUAAAUACCAGCAGUUGGAGAAGCAGGAAGGGAGCAGCUCGCAUAGCUCCAAGAUGGGAUGCUUGAACCAACAGUAUCUGGAGACGAAACUAAAGGCGGCCUGUGAUUAAUCCAAAGUCCAAUACCUUUCUAUUCAUAUUUUCUUUCUUUGUUUUAGUUUUUCUUUUAAGUGUUGCAUAUUUAUAAAUUUGUUCUGUUGCUUAAUGUAGUUAUAUUCAAUAGCUAAAUAUUAACAUCAAUUCUUAGGUUAAACACAAGUUGGUUGAUAUUUUAUAUAAAACUGAAC